UUUUCCUCGUGACAGGUGGUGCUUACAGAAAUGCUUGGAGCCACUCUUGGAAAUCUGUUUCCUCUUCUCAGAUGCCUGCAUCUUGAGCCAGUUCUUCUACCUGGGGCUCUAAGGGUGUCUUCUAGCCUGGUUCUUGUCCCCAACCCACUGUCAGCUCCUAGGAUUCUUAGCAAUGAGAACACGAAUGUGAUGAAGUUGACUUAAACCCUGAUGAGCCGGAGCUGGAAGGAAAGCCUGCCCGUUCUCGGAUGAAUACAUCCCAUUACUUUUGUCAGCCUGGGACCUUGGAAUCUAGCAGCUCUUCACUUCUGAACCCUCUUUGGCCGGGGAGCAGAAGCACAGGCUGUGAGUCAGGCUGACUGCCUCUAUACCUCCCCCACAAAGUUUUAGGUGUGGCGAGGAAAACUGGGGCUUCCUUCCAGCCAUCUUUCCUCUGUCCAUGGUCUUCUAUUUUGCUUACCUCCAUUCUGGGAAUUUGUAUUGUCUACACUGUAGUGGCCCAUGACACAGAUAAUAGGCAGCCAAGUUUGCCUGAACAGACUUUUUGGCAGUUUUCAACCACGUUUUCUGGAAGCGAAGAAGAGGGUGGUAAAAAGCCUACCAGUCUUGCCGACUGAAACCAUCAUCUACAGGGCUGAGUGUCUGGAUUAACUGCUGAAGUACUGAUCGAGUUCUGCAUUUCUUCAAUGAGGAACUACAGGCUGAUCUUCUGCCAUAAUCUCAAACAGCCAUAAAUGACAAAGGAAUGCUUGCUCAGUGAGGGUAGCUGGUGCAGAAGCCAUUUUUUAAACUUAGGUAUUUAAGUACUGAAAGAAAAGACAGCUUUGAUUUCUGGCUGCAAAAAAGAUAUGAGGAAGAGCUCCUCCCCUUCCUUGAGUAACUGCAACUCCGUUCUUGCUAACAAAAUAUUUGGAAUUCCACUUGAUGAGCUGCAGCAGGGAGGACAUCCAGACAAUGAGGUUCCAUUCAUAGUCCGCCACGUUGUGGACUAUAUUGAGGAACAUGGAGGUCUGGAGCAACAAGGACUUUUUCAAGUCAAUGGAAAUGCUGAGACAGUGGAGUGGCUUCGGCAGAGAUACGACAGCGGAGAAGAGGUGGAUUUGGUUAAGGAAGCAGAUGUUCCCUCAGCUAUUAGCCUUCUUAGAUUUUUUCUACAAGAACUUCCUGAACCUGUUAUCCCUGGCAGUUUACAUAUUCACUUGAUGCAGCUUUCUCAAGAUUAUAAUAAUGAAGAUGAAUUUGGAAGAAAGUUGAGGUUCCUCUUGCAACAGCUUCCACCUGUUAAUUACAGUUUGUUAAAGUUUCUGUGUAGAUUUUUAGCCAAUGUAGCAUCACAUCAUGAAGAAAUUUGGUCUGCAGAUUCUUUGGCUGCUGUCUUUGGUCCAGAUGUCUUCCACAUAUACACAGAUGUGGAAGAUAUGAAAGAGCAAGAAAUAGUGAGCAGGAUCAUGGCUGGACUUCUGGAAAACUACUAUGAGUUUUUCGAGAAUGAAGAGGAAGAUUUUUCAUCUAAUGAUUUGAGUUCAAUUACUGAACAGGCAGGUAGCAGCAUUCUCCACAAGCUGGAGUCUGGAGAGCAGGCAUUUCACGAGGCCCUAGAGAAGGGAAUUACAGCAGUCAAAGAAAGAAGAGAUGUUAAUGAACUUUCUGAGGAAGAGGAAGAUGAAAAGCUGGGUCAUAUUGAAGAACUUCCAGAAGAGGGUGCAGAAAAAUCAAAUGACAUGCCAGAGGUGGUACAAUUAAGGAUGACUGAAAAUGUCUUGGAAUCAAAUAGUGUUAAAGCAUCAACAAGCACUCAUAUAUCUCCCAUCAGCAUCCUACCAGCCUCUACAGAUAUUUUAGAAAGAACAAUUAGAGCAGCUGUGGAACAGCACCUUUUUGAUCUGCAGAGCAGCAUAGAUCAUGAUCUUAAGAAUUUACAACAGCAAAAUGUGGUGUAUAAUAACGAAGCAGAAAGUAUUCAUUGUGAUGGGGAAGGAUCUGAUAACCAGGUUAAUAUUGCUGAUGAUAUUAUUAAUGCCAGUGAAAGUAACAGAGACUGUUCAGAACCUGUGGCUAGCACUAAUUUAGACAAUGAAGUUAUGCAGCAAGAUUGUGUAUUUGAGAAUGAAGAAAAUAACCAGUCUGUAGGUAUAUUGUUAGAGCCAUGCAGUGAUCAUGGUGAUAGUGAAGAUGGCUGUCCUGAGAGGGAAGAAUAUUUGUUAUUUGACAGUGAUAAAUUGUCGCACUUGAUUCUGGAUUCUAGUAGCGAGAUACGUGAUUUGAAUGCCAACACUGAAUCAGAAGUACCAGGAGGUCAAAGUGUUGGUGUUCAAGGGGAAGCAGCAUGUGUCCAUAUUCCACAUUUAGAUCUGAAGAAUGUUUCUGAUGGUGAUAAAUGGGAAGCGUCAUGCCUUAUCACUUUUCCCCUCAUUGAUUUCAAAACAAUGCAUCUGCAGAGAGAUGGGGAGGAGCCAUUUCCUGCUUUUAAGUCUUGGCAGGAGGACUCUGAGUCUGGAGAAGCUCAGCUGUCUCCACAAGCUGGAAGAAUGAAUCAUCACCCCUUGGAAGAGGACUGUCCUCCAGUAUUAUCACACCGCAGUUUAGAUUUUGGGCAAAGCCAGCGUUUUCUACAUGAUCCAGAAAAGUUGGAUUCCUCAUCUAAAGCACUAUCUUUUACUAGAAUUCGAAGAUCAUCCUUUAGUUCAAAAGAAGAAAAGAGAGAAGACAGAACACCUUAUCAGUUGGUCAAGAAACUUCAGAAAAAAAUUAGGCAAUUUGAGGAACAGUUUGAAAGGGAGAAAAAUAGCAAGCCCUCCUACAGUGAUAUUGCUGCCAACCCAAAGGUAUUGAAAUGGAUGACAGAGCUUACAAAACUGCGGAAGCAAAUUAAAGAUGCAAAACACAAAAGUUCUGAUGGAGAAUUUGUACCUCAGACACGUCCACGUAGUAACACUCUUCCAAAAAGCUUUGGCUCUUCUCUAGACCAUGAAGAUGAAGAGAAUGAAGAUGAACCCAAGGUCAUUCAGAAGGAGAAGAAACCAACUAAAGAAGCAACCCUUGAACUUAUUCUUAAAAGACUGAAAGAAAAACGUAUUGAGAGGUGUCUUCCAGAAGAUAUCAAGAAAAUGACCAAAGAUCAUUUGGUGGAAGAGAAAGCUUCUCUUCAAAAAAGUCUUCUUUACUAUGAAAGUCAACAUGGAAGGCCGGUGACCAGGGAGGAAAGGCACAUUGUUAAGCCUCUCUAUGAUAGAUAUAGGCUUGUAAAACAAAUGCUGACAAGAGCUAGCAUCACUCCUAUCCUUGGAUCUCCAUCCACCAAGCGAAGGGGUCAGAUGUUACAGCCAAUCAUAGAAGGAGAAACUGCACACUUUUUUGAAGAAAUCAAGGAAGAAGAAGAAGAUGGUGUUAAUCUGUCCUCUGAGUUAAGUGAUAUCUUGAAAACUGCAGUACAGAUACAGUCUUCAUUGGAAAACUCUGAAUCUGAUGUUGAUGAAAAUCAAGAAAAACUGGCUCUGGAUCUUCGAUUGUCAAGUUCUCGAGCAGCUUCUAUGCCUGAAUUACUGGAACAACUUUGGAAAGCCAGAGCUGAAAAAAAGAAACUACGCAAAACAUUGCGGGAUUUUGAAGAAGCAUUUUAUCAACAAAAUGGAAGGAAUGCCCAGAAAGAGGAUCGUGUUCCAGUGCUGGAGGAGUACAGGGAGUACAAGAAAAUUAAAGCCAAGCUUAGGCUUCUUGAAGUUCUUAUAAGCAAACAAGAUUCUUCAAAAUCCAUAUAAAAUACGUUCCUUGAAAAUUCAUAUCAUAAAGUCAGUUGUAUUCCUUGAAGCUAUCAUCGUGUGUACUUGGCUUGUACUUAAAUUCAUUUUGUCAGGCACUCAGAGAAUCUCAUUUUGUACUUGAUUGUGGUGCCACUAAACAAAACAUAUGAUAGAAGGGUAAGUAGGCCCUCUCAAGGGAGCAUAAGUGAUGUUCCAUAUUAACCACAGACUGUCCUCUCCAACUUAACAUACAGUUUCCUUCAUUGUUUUCUACUACAGAUACAUCCUUUUAGCAAAAGACUAGAAUUUUAUCCUUUCAACCUCAAGAACUUUGGAAAUGCAAGCUUUUUGUUAUUACCAACUUUUUGUUUCUCAUUACUGAAGAAAAUUGGAGGAAAAUCUUCACACUGAAUUCUUGUGUUGCCUUUUUCUUACAGAAUGACUGAAAAUUUGAAAGAAACGCUUAUAAAAGUGCACAUAUGCAACUGUGUUCUCUGUUUUCCUAGAAAACCAAAAUCAAACUGAGAUUUCAAGUCCUACUCUGGAAUACCUUUCUGUUAAUUCCCAAAGUGACACCUUCUCACAGGUAGUAUGUUAGCAAAAUUUUGCAAUUAAGUGGUCACACAGCUCCUGGAUGAAGAUAACAGUUGGUAGACCAAAAAGUGACCUUGCUUAGUACAUUGAAAACACACACCGCACAUCACACACAGAACUGAAUCAUACCACAUGCUGCUUAUGGGACUUCAGUUACUGUUUCCUGAGUUACUGUUUAUCUGCUGGCGAUGGUGUGAUUUGUCUGGAUCAGAUCCGCUCUGUUCCCUCUACCCAUCUUCAGAUAAUGUGAGAAAAUAGCCAUGUCAGUAUGUAGGAACUCUGAUGGUGCUCAGAUUUGUGUGUUCAAUCAAUGGGCCUAAAUCAGCAAAAUAAUAAUUAUGCCUAAAGUAAUUAUCUGUUCUUAACAAGGGCUAUACCACUGCAUUUUCACAUGUAUCUUCAUGAGGUUAUCUUUUUCUUCCCCCCGCCCCUACUUUUAAUCAGCAAAAUACAUAACAAGAAAAAAGUCCAACAACACCACCCCUUUCAGGGACCACCCUUUGCUCAAUCAUCACAUGCUGUUUAAAGCAGCUGUUUACAGGAUAUGUAGUGGUAUGCCCCUUGUCAUAUACUCUUAGCAUAUCUUUUUUUCCUUUGGCUUUGCAUGGCUUUUCUUUAGGUACUCUCUCAGUAUCAUUCUGGUAAUCAUUGUUAGGGAAUGGUGAUUUCAUUUGUGCUAACUACAACAGCAGAUUUGAGUCAGGCUUAAUCUUAAGUGUUAACUUUCUUUUUCUGGUGCUUUUUUGGAUCGAUGACUGUCUCACUUUGACUAUACCCACGUUUUGCAUGCAAUAACUCUUGCAUGGUUUUCUUAACUAGCUAAUAUUAACAAUUUGUUCCAUAUAAAAAUGGAAUUUUGCAACAUCCUUUAAUAAGGUGAGGGAAGCAUGAACCUCAGACUUCUGGCACUAUUACAUAGUAAGCACAUGAAGUAGCUUGAUAAUAAAUAGCAGUUCUAGUACUUCACAUUUCACCUGUGUGUGCAAUGCCUUUUUUUUGGUGGGGGGGUUGGGAAAACCUAGUAGUGAAUGUGUAGUUGGGGAAUAAAGAAAAGCACUAAAUCUUGCCCUUUUUGUGUGGUUUCCUUUUGAUACAACUAGGUUAUUCACAAUGUAUACCUAGAAAAGUGAAAUUGAAAAUGCCAAAAGAUGUAUCCUUUUUAUUUCAAUCCAUCAUGCAGUGUACAUUUCAGAUAAUUUCCUUCAGUCUCCAGAUAGGAGUGUAUCCAAACAUCUAAUUUUAUGUGCACUGUGUAUUUUAUAUGAAUGUCUUAUUUUAUAUACCACAUGCAAAAAUGUCCAUAUGCACUAUUUAAAUGUUUUAAAUAAUAUAUUCCUUCUUUAUAAUGCUAAAUCUAUAUGAGUACCAUAUUUUUAUAAGUCAAUAGCCUGACUGGUUUCAUUUUAGGAUUAACAGCUGCUUCAUGAUGUUAUUAAUUGUUAAUGUUUGGCUGUGAGUAGAAUAUCUAAAAGUGGCAUGGCGGCACUUAUGCUCUGUGACAGUAUUGUGUGUCAUAGUUGAGCAGUAGGUGAUAGAAUUAGGCAGUUGGUGAUAGUUUUACUUUGGUACAAAUAAAAACUGUAUAUCUAUAUACAAAUAAUAUAUAGAUAUAUAUGUCUACCAGUAUAAUUGCAUUGCUGUCUGGCACUUCAUUGUACAGACUUUUGUAAUAAAAGAACUUGAAAGUUCUAA